CGAUGGCGGAAGAAGACGAUGGAGCGAUUGUUUUAAACUUUAAUGACAGUUUAUUGCGAGCUUCUGAUUUAAAAUUACUCGAAGGACCUCAUUGGUUAAAUGACAGAUUAAUUGGAUUUUGCUUUGAAUAUUUUGAAAGGGAGCAGUUCAAUCAUUCAGCUGACAAACUAUCUCUAAUCAGUCCAUCUGUAACUCAGUUUAUCAAACUAGCACCAGUGGAAGAUUUAGCAGUAUUAUUAGAACCAUUGAAUCUACCUUUAAAACAGUUUGUAUUUUUAGCUGUUAAUGACAAUGAUGAUACAGAUAAUAGUGGAGGAACCCAUUGGAGUUUGUUAGUGUAUAUCCGAAGUAAACAAGAAUUUCACCAUUUUGAUUCAUAUAAUCACCUUAAUGAACACAUUGCUAAAAAACUGGCUUAUAGAUUACAGCCCUUUGUUCAUGCACCUCGUGGAAGAAUGAAGUUUAUAGAAAUAGAUUCACCUCAACAGAAGAAUGCCUAUGAUUGUGGUGUAUAUGUAAUUUCUAUAGCAGAACAUUUAUGUCGUGAAUUUUGUGAAUGUAUUAACAACGUAACACUAUCUCAUGUUGUCACGGAAACCAGCGUUUCACAGAAACGUAACCAAAUUAAAGAACUUAUUCACAAAGUGGCUGAAGAGCAUGCCAGCUGACAGAAGGGGGAUAACUCAUAUUGAGUAAUAUAAAAAUGGUUGUUUUGAGAUCGAGUUUGGAAGUUUUUAAGUCAUUAUACUCAACAAAUAUUAAUAUAUAUCAUCUUAUUUUUUUACCAAUGGCUUAUUUCUCUCUUAUCAAGUAUGUGAUAGCAUGGCCACUCUAUUAUAAUUAUAAU